UGCAGUGGACUCGUGUGUGCCCUCAGCCGCUCACAUUAUCACUUGGGAAAGAGAGAGAGAGGUAAAGACAGAGAGAGAGAGAACGAGGAAGAGAGGCUCGGGGCUGGAACUUGAAUCUGUGUCCUAUCUCCCUCGCCUUUUUCCUUUCCGGCGUAUCCGCCAUCGAGCGCAGGCUGUUCCGUCUUUUCCUCCCUGUGGUCCGGUGACUGGGGAAUCCACCUGCCGGAGAGCAGACACACCUCGUGAUGGAUGCCCUGAAAUCUGCCGGCAGAGCGAUUAUCAAGAGCCCGGGAGUUCCGCGGCACACAUGGGGAACUUCAAAACACGAAAAGCUGCCAGAGAACUGGACAGACACGAAGGAGACUCUGUUGGAGGGGAUGGUGUUCAACGUGAAGUACCUGGGUAUGACUCUGGUGGGCCAGCCUAAAGGAGAGGACAUGGCCUCUGCUGCCAUUCGCAGAAUUGUUGCCACGGCCAGAGCCGGUGCAAAGAAGUUUCGGAAAGUAACACUGACAGUCUCACCGAAAGGCAUCGUUAUCACAGACACAGAAACCACAGACCUCAUAGAGAAUGUCUCCAUUUACAGAAUCUCGUACUGCACAGCAGAUAAAACUCAGGAUAAGGUCUUUGCAUAUGUUUCACAGAGUCAGUUCAACGAGACUCUAGAGUGCCAUGCCUUUCUCUGCCAAAAGAAGAAAAUUGCUCAGGCUGUAACAUUAACAGUAGCCCAGGCCUUUAAAGUGGCCUUAGAUCUUUGGGAGAUUGCUCAGGAAGACAAAAGCAAGAAGGCCAGGACCUGCUGUACGUGCGCAGCAAGCAAUGGGCAGACGGAGGCAGCGGACGCUCAGUGUGUCCCAGCAGAUCCAGAGACACAUAAGCCCAGUGGGAUGGAGGAAAAGCUCCGGAGGCCCUUAUUCUCUGCUUCGCUCAGCUCGCCCUCACCUCGUAGUAACCCUACUCGAAGGCGACCAAUCAAACAUGACUCUUGGGAUGUGGAAGAUGGACUUGAGGAUGCAUUCUCAAGCAACAUGGAAACAGAGGAGACAGACACUGACUGGCCGAGUCCCGCUCCGAACCCAUCUCUGACAAUGCAGCUUUGAGUCUCCCGGAGGUCUCCACUGAGAAUCUGUUGCCUGUCUGCAACAAUGAGUUUAAAUAACAUACCGGCAAUAGCUGCCCGACGUACAGCACCACAGAAAUUAGACAAAAAGCAUACGCUCCAGUACCCAGGCUGACAAAAACAGCAUGCUUUACUCAAUCAGAAAGAAAAAAACAUAUCACCCUCCCCGGUGCACAAACUGAAUGAGAAAGCCUGUAUUUGAUAUUCAGUCACUGCUGCAGAGAAGCCAGAGUGAAUACCCUGAUAUCAUGAAAUGUUAUUUCUAUGAAUGCCUGCCUGUCAAAACCCACUUCUCUCAGUGUAAACAGCCAUCUCCUGCCAUCUUAAAAUUUGGUGCACACAGUGUGCAAUACACCACAGCGAAGAGAGCAAGGACCACAAAUUUAUACACAAUGCAAAUCACACAGGAUGAAGUUUGGAGUCUCCUCCUUUUAGUAAUAAUUUGUGAAACAUUUCCACAUGUGGAUUCCACUUGUAAAUUACAGUAAAGACUGCACAAACGUCACAGUCCAAAGAUGCGUGCACUGUAUAUAUGCCUGCUAUCGCUUUCUGAAAAUGUGAGCACUCUCUAAUCUUGCUGUUUGUUUUGGUGCAGUAACAGCUGCCAGUCACAGCACUUGCUGGAGGAAGUCCAGUGUUAGGAGUCAUCAUCAGACACUGGAGUGAACACUCUGUCAUGAUGCUGAAUGGGUUUUACACGAAUCAUCCAGUUUGUUGUAUCGAACAAACCAUUUCUUUUGGGGGAUGAAGGCCCCAUUAGACACAGAGAUAUAUAAAAGUGUGUGUCAGGUUUUUUUUUCCCUGGCAACACAGUCAAUAAGGAAAUGUUUCUUUAAGAAGAAUACUUGUAACAUUUACAAAGUAAAGUGGAGUACUUAAAUUUAAUCUCCAGCUAACUGUAUAUGAUCGUAGUUUUUUGGUCCCAAAUUCUCACUGCUUGAGGGGUAUUCACUUCAUUCACUUAUUGUGACCUUUCCCAGCAGAUAGAUGUGCCAGGUUGUCAUGGGAAUGGUUCAGUUUGUUAUAUAUCGGGUCAUUGUUUGCAGUGGGUGGGGGGGUUUGGAAUCCAUCAUAUUUAUAAUAGAGAUAAUGUAUGAGAAGAGGGAAUUUAACUACCAAUUUAUUCAUCUGUCUUUUGUUACAGGACCCAGAAAUUGUUAAAUCCGAGUGCAUCUUUCUGCUGGGAAACAUAAGGCAGAAAGCUUCAGGAGUCCUUGAACUUUGGAUGUUGGGAAAGUUACCAGAUUGUUAUUUUCAAGGUCAAGAAAGAACCUUUUAUCUAUGUUUUAUUUUUCCUUAUAGGUAAAGUAUUUUGGUAUCCCUUUUGCAUUUAGUGUCAUUAUCAGGUUUAAAAUUAUGUAUUCACUAAGUAACUAAAGCUUCAAGACCAUUAGGGAUGCACACAACAACCAGCUGUUUUUAUGUUAAAACGGUUACUCUGGCAAUUUACAACUGUAAUAAAUAGAAAAAUGUAUGCUAACAGUGAUCAAAAUUGAACUAACAGAGGGUAAGAUGUUGUUGUGACUACUAAUUCCAAAAUCCUGCCUUCCGUUUUCUACAAUGCAGCAGCUAAAGUCUGAACGUUCACCACACUACCAAUUUGCACCCCAGGCUUUAUGCCGAAGAUCUGUAGUUGUGCAAAAUAAGAAAAAAAAGAUAAGCAAAUUUUAAUCAUAUGCAGCCUUUUAUGGGUGAAUGAGUGAUCUGCCUAUGGUUUGCACUGCAUACAUAAAAGUUUACAUAGUUGUUUUUCUUUCUGUCUUAAAUGCUAAAUAUGAAUGCGAAUUUACUCUCGAAAGUAACAGGCUGAGAUUUCUGUAACGAUCAUCACGGUCCGACUGGAAUACGGCGAGUUUAGCAUCUCCUCAUUCAUUCAGCUGUCACUGUACAUAAAGACAAUGUUACUGUUAAUGCUGUUAGGUUAUGGAAACUGUGUUUCAAGCCCAAAAUCAGACUAAAGAAACCUAUUUCCAUAUGCUGUAUUUUUUCAGUGUCAAAGUUGUACCUAUUUACUGUAUGUAUACAUAUUGUAUCAUUAUAAAUGAAGUAGGAUGAUUAGAAUCAGGGCUUUUCACAGGUGGGCUUUUUUUUAUAUCACUAAUUGGGACGUGGAUGUGUAGAUGCUUGUGUGCUUUUGCGUUAGGUUAGACGAUUGUACAGAUUUAAAUGACUGGGUUUUACUACUGCAGGAGUCGCUCAUUUUUUUUUUACUUGUUAUAUUCAGUUACAUAGUUCACACUGUCCUCUUUAAAGGAUGCUUUUCCUUUUCUCUUAAACAUCUCUUUUCAUUAAUGGAAAUGAUACAUUCCAAUUGUUUUCUUGUUUUUUUAUUAGACUGUGCGGUUUAUUUAUAUCCACCACUCAAAUGCUGUUUGUUGUCAAGAGCAUGUUAUAUUGUGCCACAGUCUGGUUGAAGUGGUCUUCUCUGUAUUCACGGCAUCACGACUGAAAAUAAUUGUGGCGGUGGUAGGUGGGAGGUAGCAGGGAGCUCCGUAUUGUUGUCAUGACACCCGCUGCAGAAUAAUUGGAUGGCUUAUCAGGUUACGACAUGAGGCUUAAUUACACUGUUUCAUUCCUGACUGUCUGAAAUACCAACUCUAUUACAAAUUUUAAAGCGAAACUAUUUAGUAUGGAUAACAGAAAUGCCCUGUGUCAUGUCAAGGAUGGUCUAGGAAGCGAUGUGUUCACUUUAGUAUUGACUGUGAAUUUGGAGGUCAGCAGAGUGCGCUGCCAGUGCGAUGCUGUAAUGCACAAAUGAUCUGUACUCACCUUUUUCAGACCCGUCAUUGAUUGACUGAUGGAUUCCUGUGUGGAUGUGUCUGCUGAUUCAGUGCCGUUAGAUAUUUUAAGAUUGGCUGCUGUCCAAGAGCUGCGAAAUCUGUGAAAUCGGCCGUUUAAAAAAAAAAAAACCCCAAUAGUUUCAACCUGUGGAGCCGGAUAAUAAUAAUAAUAUUAAAUUAUGAUAAUGUAUUACAUUUACACCUCAGGUAAUUUAGAAACAGACGUACUACUAAAACAUACUAUUAAAGAUAUUGGGAACAUUUUUUUUAUGGUUUUAAACCUUUAUUUUACUUUAUGCUGCAGCAGUUAUAGCAAAAACAGGUUGCAUAGUUUUUAAAAAAAAAAAAUGGCACAUUAACCAUGAUAAUGUGCCAUGAUCUUUAAUGUACCACUCUUAAUAUUUCUAAAUGACAUUGUAGUAAUCAUUAAUGUAGUAGUGAGCUCAGUUUAAAUACGAAAUGUUGUCCUGGGCGUUGUAAUAAGGACAGAGCACAUCAUGUACACUCAUUCUCGAAACACUUUAAGUUUUAUUUGCACUGUAAUGUUGUUAAAGUGAUAAGCUAGUGACUUUUGGCACGUAGGAAAUAACAGCCGUUCAAAGCUCUGUUACUGCCUGCACAGCACAAUUAAUCCACGAGUGGCCAAAGACAUGAGAGAAAGUGCAUGGGCAGGUUUUGUUGUACAGUUUCUCUAUGGUCAUGGUGUUAAAGUCCCAAAAAACGUCCAGGUGAAAUUGUGGUACUGUAUAGGCUUAAAGCUAAAUUAUUAUUUGUAAAUUAAUAAAACAUAAAAAGUAAUCUAAUGUAAGAAGAAGAAAGUCCUGGAUUAAUAACAUUAUGACGCAGAUAAUUCCAUCAGGCUCCUCUGAGUAUUGUUUCAUGUAGCUAGUAUACUGGAAACAGCAAGCCAUCAAUGUGGCAGAUUCCCAGCAAAUCUUGACUGGAUGCGGUUCUUUGGCACAGCUGAGACUUUUGUCUUUGGGAGUGAAGAGAGAGAAACUAGCACUUGGAGGUACAGCAUGCCAAACUGAGUCUUAUGUGCACUGAAUACAAAUCACCCUGUGAGGUUCUGAGCCCAGAAAGCAUUUUAGGCUGUUAGGUUUUUAAAAAAUGAGAAAGAGUUUCGACUGGGGAAGCCAAGUACUCUCAGAAAACCUACUGUACUUCUUAACCCCAAAUAAACACUGACGUUUACAGUAUGAAUUUACUUUACCAAGGUGCUUAUUUUCUAUCUAUGCAAAUAGUGGGUUUCCAGCAGUGUUGUGAUAUUAUGUUAAUAGCAGUUUGUGUAUGAUUCACAAGCAGGUGUCCUAAUCUGUGUAAAAUUGUGUACAGAAUUUUGAGGCUGUUAUGGUUUGUUACAUAUUUAUGCAUAAUAAAGGACUUUGUACAAAC